CCUCGCGCCAGAUAUGUACUGCGAAACAUCAUCUGCUCAACGAGUUGGCAUCAGAUUGUGGAAAGUUAUUUACUUUAUAUGCCUCUAACAGCACUUUCUUGCGAUCUUACUGCAUAUUUUCAUUCUUACAUCAAGCAAACACCUUUAGAUAUUUUGAGCUAUGUUUUCACACGUUGGCUAGCGUCGAUAGCUGCUAACAUUAGCUUGUCUGCCACUUGAAAGUCCAGAUGUGGCCACCGUCUCGCUGCUAAGUGAAGUAGGGAGGCAGUCAUGUCGAUGCCGCUGACAGCUGAGCAGCAGCGAAUGAUUGAAGAGAACAGAAGGAAGGCUUUGGAGAGGAGAGCCCAGAGGCUUGCACAGAACGCGAUUGGCCCAACGGACCGAAGCACUACAUCCGCACCGAAGCGGUUUGUUCCACCUUUCGGGCAAGAAGCACGUCUCACCGGUAACCACAAGCACGCAACGUUCGCCAAUGCCAAUGGAGUCUCUUCAUCAACAAUAACAUCGACCAGAGAUGCACCACCUCCUGCCAAGCGCCAACACGUCAACCAGCCCGUGAUGACCACUGGCAGCAACAUUAGUAGUGUGAAGCCUGCUCAGCUCAGUUGUCAGCAGCCCUCUCCCAGCAGUGCAGCACUGGGCUCCUUCUACAAACAACCAAACAAACCCACCUCAGACUCUACAACAUUAAAGGCCGGGCCUGCUAGGAAGCCUGCUUUAUCAUGGGGCAAAUGUGUGCCGCACGCUGACGGACGUUUCAGGGUGGAGGUGGGCUACAACGCAGAGCUCAUUGCUGCUUUUAAAUCCAUCCCAUCCAAGAUUUACGAUCCUGUCAACAAGAUGUGGAGCUUCAGCAUGGAGGACUACCAACAGCUAAUGACCCAAGUGGCAUCAAUUGCGUCGGUGUCUUUGAGGCCCCUGGAAGGCUCGGACGCACUGGACAUGGCGGCGUUGACCAGCCGAGCUCAAGACGGUGCUGCUCUGACCGCUCUGCUGAAGCUGUGCAACGGUUGGCAAAAACCAGGGGCCAAUGUCCAGGGCCAGUGCGUCCUGGUGUCGCCCUCCAGAUUUGAAGUUGAUAUCAGUUACCAUGACGACGCGAUUGCAGCAUUCAAGCAAAUGCCGACAAAGUCUUACGACAUGAAAACAAGGAAGUGGACGUUUCUACUGGAGGACUACAAGAGACUGAUGGAGCUCCUCGGUGGGAUAGCAGCCGUUGAGGUGGAGCCUCUUCCCCGGGCGGUGGUCCAGGCCUUUUCUGCCAGCUUCGAGGGGCCUCGAGCCAGGAGCUUAGAUGUCCCUGAGGCCGACCUGUCCUCUGUUGACCCCACGAUCACCAGCAGCCUCUUGCCCUUCCAGACGGAAGGAGUCAAUUUUGCGGUGUCCAAACAAGGCCGCCUGCUCCUGGCUGAUGACAUGGGCCUGGGGAAAACCCUGCAGGCCAUCUGCAUCGCUGCCUAUUACAGGAAGGAGUGGCCUGUGUUGGUGGUGUCUCCAUCUUCUGUGCGCUUCACUUGGGCUGAGGCUUUCCGUCGCUGGCUCCCUUCUCUGAGUCCCGACAGCGUCAAUGUGGUGGUGAAGGCCAAAGACAACCUGCGGGCAGGCUUGGUCAACAUCAUCAGCUACGACCUCCUAAGCAGGAUGGACAAACAACUGCCAGGGAAUCCGUUUGACGUCCUCAUCAUGGAUGAGUCUCACUUUCUAAAGAACAUCAGGACGGCUCGUUGUAAAGCUGCUCUGCCAUUAUUGAAGGCAGCUAAGAGGGCCAUUCUCCUUUCGGGGACCCCUGCUAUGUCCAGACCCUCUGAGCUCUACACACAAAUCCUGGCUGUCAAACCUACGCUAUUCCCUCGCUUCCAUGAAUUUGGGCUGCGCUACUGCGCUGCCAAACAGCUGGCCUGGGGUUGGGACUACUCAGGCUCCUCCCAUCUGGGCGAGUUAAAGCUGCUGCUGGCCGAAUGUCUGAUGCUGCGGCGCCUUAAGUCGGACGUCCUUUCCCAGCUUCCCUCCAAACAGCGUAAGGUUGUCACGGUGACCAUCGACGGGGUCAACAACCGUACCAAAGCGGCUCUGUCGGCCGCCGCCAAGGUGUUAGCAGGGGUACAUCAAAAUAAAAAGGAUGAAAAAGAAGCGCUCCUCAUUUUUUACAACCACACAGCCGAAGCCAAGCUGCAAGCCAUUGCGGAGUACAUCACAGACAUGCUGGAGUGUGGGAGGGAGAAGUUCCUGGUAUUUGCCCAUCACAAGUUGGUCCUGGAUCACAUCACAAAUGAACUUGUUAAAAAGGAUGUUUCCUUCAUUCGCAUCGAUGGCUCCACGCCGUCCGGUGAGCGCCAGCAUCUGUGUGACAAGUUUCAACAUUCGGGUAAGACCUGUGUGGCUGUCCUGUCCAUCACUGCCGCCAACAUGGGCUUGACGCUGCACGCCGCCGACCUGGUCAUCUUCGCUGAACUGUUCUGGAACCCCGGGGUUCUUAUCCAGGCUGAAGACAGGGUCCACCGCAUCGGUCAAACAAACAACGUGAACAUUCACUAUUUGGUCGCCAAGGGAACAGCUGAUGACCACCUGUGGCCAAUGAUCCAAGGAAAAAUGAAAGUGUUGGAGCAGGUCGGCCUGUCCGAGUCCAACCUCUCAGCCAAUGCAGUGACAGCUCAAUUCCACUCUAAGGAUCCCAAUCAGAGGAGCAUUGCAGAGAUGUUUGAGAGGUCUUUCAAUGAGGACGACGCCAUGGAUGCAGGACACCAGUAAGACGAUGCAACUUGUACUGUAUGUUCAGUUAAACCAUCAUGGCUGAUAGAGACAUCCAGACAAAUCUUUUUAGUCACCCGAAGAAAGGAAAAAAAAUAAAUGUGUAUAUUAAGUAAAGACUGGAUCAGAGACAAAAUACUGCAAGUUGACAGAUUGUUGUCCACAUUUGCUUCUAAACGGGCAAGCAUGUUGACAGCCGUUUCAUUCAAGAGCCAUUUUCAUGUUUGGUUCCAGUGAUGAUCAGUGUCAAAACUCUGAUCCUUCUUUCACUUCGGUGGUUGGACUGUAAGGGUUUGAUUCCUGUGUAUCACCUAAGUGUGAAGGACAAAACAAUGAGGUCAUUUUGUUAUCAAAAUAUAUGCUGUACAUACAGGCGCUGGCUUGAAUACAAACUCCAAAAAGAAUAAUAAAUACAUGGUUACUUGAAUACC